AUGUCGCUGAGCCCCAAGCACACGACGCCCUUCUCGGUCACCGACAUCCUCAGCCCGAUGGAGGAGAGCUACAAGAAGUUCGGCGGCAUGGACGGGGCGGGCGGGCUGGGCGCGCCCCUCGGGCCCUACCGCCAGCCGCCGGUACCCGCCGCCGCCGCUGUGCCGCAGCACGUCGUGACGGGCCCCACCGGGGCGGCCGCUUACCACAUGCCUCACGGCGUCUCCCAGUUCCCGCACGGCGCCGUCGGGGGCUACUGCAACGGCGGGCUGGGCAACAUGGGCGAGCUGCCCGCCUACCCCGAGGGGAUGCGGAGCGGCGCGGCGGCGGGCGGCGGCUGGUACGGGGCCGGCGGCGACCCCCGGUACUCCAGCAUCUCCAGGUUCAUGGGCCCGUCGGCGGGGAUGAACGUGGCCGGGAUGGGCGGCCUGAGCGGCAUCGCCGAGGGCGCCAAGGCCAUCGUGCCGCUGCACGCGGCCCCGCGGAGGAAGAGGAGGGUGCUCUUCUCGCAGGCGCAGGUCUACGAGCUGGAGCGGCGCUUCAAGCAGCAGAAGUACCUGUCCGCGCCCGAGCGGGAGCACUUGGCCAGCCUGAUCCACCUCACCCCGACGCAGGUGAAGAUCUGGUUCCAGAACCAUCGCUACAAGAUGAAGCGCCAGGCCAAGGACAAGGCGGCGGCCGCGCAGCAGCUGCACCCCGACGGCGGCCUCUGCCAGCAGCACUCCCCGCGCCGCGUCGCCGUGCCCGUGCUGGUGAAGGACGGCAAACCCUGCCCGCCGCCGGGCAGCGGCACCCCGGCCCCCGGGCAGCCCGCGCCCGCCCCCCCCGCCUCCGCGCCCGCGGCAGACCUGGAGGAGCUGUCCCCCAGCCCGCCGGCGCUGCACGGCCCCCUGGCCCCUCUGGACUCGGCCGGCGUCGACUACAACGGCGGCAUGGUCAGCCCCAACCUGCUCUACGGCAGGACGUGGUAA